GUUUCCUUUCUCAACACAGUACAACAGUACACACACACACACACUCUCUCUCUCUCAAUUCAAUGGCUUCUCCAACUCACUCCGUCGCUCUUUCUCUCCUCCCCCCUCGAUACACACUCCCCAAACCUCACACUCACCUCCUCCUCUCUCUCUCCUCCUCCUCCACCCCAUACUCUCUCCUCCUUUCCCGCCGCCGCUCCUCCGCCCUUUCCCCGCCGUACAGACCUCCCCGCCGACGAUCCUCGCACUCGACCUGUCUCGCAUACGUAACGGGCCCGCCGUCCGACCCUAUCGUGGCCGAUAACGGUCCGAAACUCAAUGUCUCGAGCUCCGACACCGAAAGCACACAAUCGCCGCCGAGCGUCAUAAGCUGGGGUCUGUUGUCGAGCCUUCUGCUUCAGCAUAAGUUGAGACUAGCGGUUUCUGUCGCCACUCUCGUUGGUUGCACAGCUUGCACUCUCUCAAUGCCUUUGUAUUCCGGGAAAUUUUUUGAAGUACUUAUAGGCAAAACACCAAAGCCUCUGUGGGAUGUGCUUGGUAGGAUUGCAGUUCUAUAUGCAUUAGAGCCAAUUUUCACCAUUCUUUUUGUGGUAAACUUGAAUUCGGUUUGGGAGAAGGUUAUGUCAAACUUAAGAGCUCAGAUAUUUCAAAGGGUGUUGAUUCAAAAGGUGGAAUUUUUUGACCGAUAUAAGGUUGGUGAACUCACUGCAUUGUUAACAUCUGAUUUGGGUUCUCUAAAGGACAUUGUAAGUGAAAACAUUUCAAGGGAUCGUGGGUUCAGGGCGCUUUCUGAGGCAAGCUAUUCUACACUAAGCGAAAGUCAGCUUUAAAAUGGAUACAGUUAAGCGUGCACAUAAUUCCUAAUGGCUGUCAUUGGAACAAUAUGUAUCUUAUUCACUCUAUCCCCCCAGCUUGCACCACUGCUUGGGCUACUUAUGCUUAUGGUGUCUGUUUCAGUUGCUGUUUACAAGCGGUCAACUGUGCCUGUUUUUAAAGCUCACGGUACGGCCCAAGCAUCUAUAGCGGACUGUGUGAACGAAACUUUAUCUGCGAUUCGUACUGUAAGAUCAUUUGGUGGUGAAAAACGGCAAAUGUCAAUGUUCAGUAGCCAGGUCAUUGCUUAUCAGACUAGUGGCAUAAAGCUUGGGGUUUUCAAAUCUAUAAAUGAAUCUCUGACUAGAAUUGCAGUUUAUAUUUCACUAUUGGCCUUGUAUUGUCUUGGGGGUAACAAAGUAAAGGCGGGUGAACUAUCUGCUGGAACUGUGGUUUCUUUUAUAGGAUACACAUUCACAUUGACCUUUGCUGUUCAAGGUCUGGUUAACACAUUUGGAGAUCUCCGCGGAGCUUUUGCUGCUACAGAGAGGAUUAACUCUGUUUUAUCUGGGGCUGAAAUUGAUGAAGCCUUGGCCUACGGCUUGGAAAAAGACAUCAAGCGUCAAGGAUCGCAUGAUAAGAAUUUCGAACUGUUCUUUGUUAAUGGUUCUAAUAAGAAUAAUCAAUCUCUUAAUAUGCAUUACAUGUCGGCUUUGAAAUCAACUAGCAGCUUGGGAAGCCUGGCCUGGUCUGGUGAUAUUUGUCUUGAAGAUGUGUACUUCUCUUAUCCUUUGAGGCCUGAUGUUGAAAUUCUUAACGGUCUUAAUCUAACGCUCAAAUGCGGGAGUGUAACUGCUCUAGUGGGCUCCAGUGGUGCAGGGAAAAGUACUAUAGUACAGUUAUUGGCACGUUUCUAUGAGCCAACCAGAGGUCGAAUAACAGUUGGAGGCGAGGAUGUGCGAACAUUUGAUAAGAGUGAAUGGGCACGGGUUGUCUCCAUAGUGAAUCAAGAACCUGUUCUCUUCUCAUUGUCUGUUGGAGAAAACAUUGCAUAUGGGCUUCCAGAUGACUUGGUAUCCAAAGACAAUGUGAUAAAGGCUGCAAAAGCCGCAAAUGCUCAUGAUUUUAUAAUUUCACUCCCACAGGGUUAUGACACACUCGUUGGUGAGCGCGGAGGUUUACUUAGUGGAGGACAGAGGCAGAGAAUUGCUAUUGCGAGGGCUUUGCUCAAGGAUGCACCUAUCCUAAUACUUGAUGAGGCAACGAGUGCUUUGGACACAGUUAGUGAGCGCCUGGUUCAGGAUGCUCUAAACCAUUUGAUGAAGGGGAGAACAACAUUAGUCAUUGCCCACAGAUUGAGCACAGUCCAGAAUGCUCAUCAAAUUGCUCUCUGUUCAGAUGGAAGGAUCAAAGAGCUAGGAACCCACUUUGAGUUAUUGGGCCAAAAAGGUCAAUAUGCUUCUCUGGUUGGCACUCAAAGGCUUGCAUUCGAGUGAUAAUGGUGUAUAUACUGCCACUGCUGUAAACAAAAAUGACGUGCAAUUUUGUCAAGCUUGAAAGCAGAUCAGAUCUGAGCUCACAAAAGGAGGUUAGAUGAGAUAAUGAGUUAAAACUAGUAGAGCUCGCAUUAACUGUUCAUUGACUGUGAUUUACAACACCAUUUUCAUAGUUCUCCACUGCAUACACCCAGAUUCAGUAUGUUGUAACUUGUAAAUAAAUGUUACAGAUAAAAGUGGAGAAAUUAACGAAAGUUAUCAAUCAACAGGAAUUACCAUUGUACUACUACACAUCGUUGAUCAAUUGUACUUGUUAUACGGCAUGGUAUUAUUUCAUUGUGU